AUGACUCAUGGCAUGAACACGCAAGAUAUCCACCCUCUCCUGGCGGCCGCCAUGAUGCAACAAUGUGGCAUGCCCACUUUAGGCCGCAGGAGUAUGGGCUUCGGCGCCUCUCCCUUUGGUGCCGAAGGCCCGUAUCCAGUGCACCAGAUGAACUGGCUGGGAAGUGGUAUGGGCCGUCAUGGAAGUCAGCAGAGCCCUUUUGGUGCAGGCCAGUAUCCCAAUCCCAAACCUCCAUUUCCACUCGGUCAAUGGGCAUUCCACAAUCCCAUGAUGGGAGGUGGGUUCUCGGCGCCUGGGGGUGGAGGCAUGAAUGGGAUGGACUGUAAUAGUAUGAUGGGUAUGGGCAUGGGCGGCGGGAUGUGGCCGGGCAUGAUGAUGAGUGCUGGCCGAGGGGGCAUGGGAGGCAUCGGCAGCAUGAACCCCUUGAUGUUUGGUGUCAGCGGUGGCCUGAACGAAUUCAUGUCAGGUGGGCUUGGCAUGAAUGAUGAUGAUGACGACGACGAUGGAGUGUGGGACGCGGACGCCGAUGAAGACGACCCAUUUGCGGUGUACUACAGGGCUAUGAAGAAGGGCAAGAGGAAGAGAGGUAAUGCCAUGAGCGGUAUGAACAUGAACACGGUAUUCGGCAUGCCGGGACUGGGAAUGGGUAUGGGCGGCAUGGGCGGCAUCGGUAUGGGCGGCAUGGGCGGUAUGGGCGGUAUGAGCGGUAUGGGAAUGGGAGGCAUGGGUGGUAUGGGAAUGGGAGGCAUGGGCGGAUUCAACGAGAAGAGAUGCGCCGUUCGCGAGUAUCUUGGCCUGUACAACAACAUCAUCACCAUCGGAACAUACAGCGGGCCAGCGCCAGUCACGCCCAGCGAUGCCGUUCGCGCCCUCAAGCGCUGCGUGAUUGAGCAUCCCGCGCUGUCUACGAGCAUUCGCUAUGCCGAAACGGAGAAAUUCCACCUGGUCAGACCGGCCACCGUCGACCUUAGUCAGCAUCUCUACUUCUCGGAGAGCACCUCCGACAGCCCUGGACUGCGACAACAUGUCCUCGAGCGCCUCCUUAACCAGCCUGUCACAGAAUACGACAAUCUGCCGCAAUGGCGAGCCCACCUGAUCCGCCUGGGUACCACCUUUCACCUGGCAUUUGUCUCUUCGCACACCCUGACGGAUGGCAUGUCCGGAUAUGCCUUUCACCAUGCUUUCCUCGGCGCAUUGCGAGAUCUGCCUGCGAGCGACAUGGACGAUGGCAACAUCCUACCCAUAGCAAGACAUUGCACACCUCUGCCGGCUCUCGAGAAGGCCGGACACCUUAGUAUAUCCUGGUGCUUCCUCCUUCGUCCUGUGUUGGAAGAGUAUCUGCCCAAACCCUUCACCAGAAUGCUUGGCAUCGAGACGGCAAGGCUCACGAAUUCAUGGUUCGGUGCCUCGACACGACCACGUCUCUCCGAAGAUAGCGACAUCCUCCCUACUGCAGUGCGAGUGGUCUCUGUUCCCGGGAGUGUCACGAAAACCGUGGUGGCGACAUGUCGCUCGAGGAACGCGCGACUCACGGGCUUACUCAACUUCCUUGUGGCACGAUGCCUUUCUCGCAGAUUACACAAGCGAGGUCAGACGGCCCUCUCAUUCCGGGCAACCACUCCUGUGAAUCUGCGCCUAGCUCUGGGAGUCGGCGAAGGUAAGAUGGCGAACUAUGUCUCUGAAAUCACCGAAACCAUCUCGAUCGAUGCAGAUUACCACUCCCACGGGUUGUCCGAGUUCAACUGGCAGGACAUCAGCAGAAUGACUUCUCGCCUGAACGCCGCAUCGAAGACGCUUUUAGAUCAGCCUGUCGGCCUUCUGCGCUAUCUUUCCAACUUCCGGAAAUGGACACUCAAGACCGCGAGUCAUCCUUCCGAUACAUCCUUCGAGGUCAGCAACCUUGGUGUGUUUGAUCGCGCCGACGCCAGCUCAGGUCCGUCUGAGUGGAUCAUGGAGCAGAUGCUGUUCUCGCAAUCCGCGAACGGCACUGGUCCGCCUCUCAACUUCAACAUCGCGAGUGCGAAAGGCGGUGAUCUGACUAUUACAGUGACGUGGUGGCGAGGCAUGCUAGGCGUCUUCGACGAAGAGGUCUUCGUUGAGGAACCUACGCCGUCGACCGCACAAGAGCACAAAAUACAGAAUGGCAGCCGUCAAUUUCUGGAGCAUCGAAGCGGCGAUGGGACAUCAGCACUCUUUGGAAGACGGCUGGAAGAUUUCGAGUACAAGCAUACGAAAAACAUCACGUGA